UCUCUUAGACCCCGCUUCUCUCUCUCUUUCUCUCUCUGUUAGCAGUGCACUACUGAACUAUCACAUUCACUUUUCCAGACUCUUCACACCACACAACUCCUCUCUCUCUCUCUCUCUCUCUCUCGAACACCAUAACUAUUUUCUUCUCUUUAUUUCUGUACCUUUAUAUUCUUCAACCUCUGGCUUUUCACGCAGGAAAAGGGUAGCGAACAGAAAGGUUAAGCAUUAACCAGAGAUCGUCCAUGGCGGACGCCACGAAGCAGCAUAUCGCCGGCAAUGAGGGAACCUUCUUUGUUUCAGAGAUCAAGACCCUCUUCUCUAUUCUCAAAUCCAAGAGAACCAUGGCGUUUGCCUACGGUGUCAUGUUUGCUUUUGUUGUUUUCACCGCCUUCUUAGCCUUCAACCCUUCUCCCAACUCGUCUUCUCCAUGGUUCUCUAACAUCUUCUCUGUCGGCUCUUCACCAUCUUCUGAUAGAUCUCAUUUCUCUUCUGUUCUCUCUUUCUUCUUCCCCAACAAUUCUUCUUCUCGUCAACAACGAGAAGCCGCCGUUUCUAAUUCUUCUUCCAUAACACAAACCAAUUUCACCAGAUCUAUCUCCGGCGGGUCUGAAUCUCCCCCCGGAAGUGAAACAUACUCAGUUGCUAAAAACACUACAUUCCAAUCUCCGGUUAAAGAUAAUUCAAAAAACCAAACUCAGACCGGGAAGAUUUCUGAUAAACCCGUAGUUUUGCUAGCGAAUCAGACCAUGAAUUCUUCCCGUGCCACUAACAGCCAUUAUGAGAAUUGGAUGCAGUCUCUAAUGAAUUGCGAUUUUGAUGGCGAAUGGGUGAUGGAUGAUUCGUACCCGCUUUACAAACCGGGGUCAUGUAAACUGAUCGAUGAGCAAUUUAACUGUAUCCUCAAUGGCAGGCCUGAUACGAAUUAUCAGAAAUACAAGUGGAAGCCAAAGGGCUGCAGUUUACCCAGGUUUAAUGGCGCUCAUAUGUUGGAAUUACUAAGAGGAAAGCGCCUUGUUUUUGUGGGUGAUUCCUUAAAUAGAAACAUGUGGGAAUCUCUUGUCUGUAUUCUUAAGGGCUCAGUAAAAGAUCAAAGUAAGGUUUUUGAAGCUCAUGGAAGGCAGGUCUUUAGAGGAGAAGCUGAAUAUUCAUUUAUAUUUAAAGAUUACAACUUCACGGUAGAGUUCUUUGUGUCUCCUUUCUUGGUUCAAGAAUGGGAAUAUGCUGGGAAAGAUGGAAUUAAAAAGGAGACAUUAAGGCUGGAUUUAGUAGGAAGGUCUUCUGAUCAGUACAAGGGAGCUGAGAUUAUCAUCUUCAACACUGGACAUUGGUGGACUCAUGAUAAAACUGCUAAAGGGAAAGAUUACUACCAAGAAGGCAGCCAUAUCUACAACGAAUUGAAUGUGCUAGAGGCUUUUCGAAAAGCUUUAACGACAUGGGCAAGAUGGGUUGACGCAAACAUAAACCCGGAAGAAUCUCUAGUUUUCUUCAGAGGCUACUCUGCUUCCCAUUUCAGCGGCGGGCAAUGGAAUUCGGGAGGAGCAUGCGAUAGCGAGACCGAGCCAAUCAAGAACGAAACAUACCUAACUCCGUACCCGUCUAAAAUGGUGGUACUUGAGAAGGUAUUGAAGGGGAUGAAAACUCAUGUCACCUACCUAAACAUCACCAGAUUGACUGAUUACCGGAAGGACGGACACCCUUCGGUCUACCGGAAGCAGAACUUGCCUGAAGAGGAAAGAAGAUCACCCCUGAGGUUCCAGGAUUGCAGCCACUGGUGUCUUCCGGGCGUACCAGAUUCUUGGAACGAGCUUUUCUACGCCGAGCUCCUGGUAAAAGAGAGCAAGAUGCGACAACACCAGAGAAGAUCUUAGUUAACCGGUAAAAAAAAAACAAAAAAAAAACGAAAAAAACAAAACCAGCCACAGAAAUUACACGAAGAUAGAGUUCAACAUUAUUGAUCUCCAUUGAAAAUAUUGAGAUGAAAAUCACACUCGCAGUAUAGUUUUCUUUCUGUGAAAUUUUGUUUCGUUCUAUUUAGUUUUUGGAAAUUGUAGAGAAGAAAGAAAGAUCAGAGAGUGUCUUCUGCACUUCAUAAAUUAUGAGAGAAACCCUAAAAAUGGGGGAAGAAAAUAAAGAAUAGAUAAGAGAUUAUUCUUGGA